UCUGCGGGCCAAUGGGAGAGGCCUGAGGCCUUAAGGCAAUGGGGUGUGGCGUUGGCAGCCUCUUCAACCGAGGCCGUUCAAUGUCAGGCCAAUCACAGCGAGGAGGUGGGAGGAGACUAGCCAAUCAGAGUGCAAGAUACAAGUAGGGGGUCGCGGAGUCUCGCGCGGAUGCCGCCGGCUGCCGAGCUUCUGUCAGGGUUGCUGAGCGUGCGGAGGUGGCUAAGGAGGCGGGAAGGCGGCAGUGGUUGAAGGGGCUGAGGUUCGAGAGAGGCCUGAACCCCCCUCAUCGAGUCAAGUCCAUCUCCAUGACAACUUUCACAGAGCCUGAAGUAGUAUUCCUUCAAUCUCGUGGAAAUGAGGUUUGCAGGAAGAUCUGGCUGGGUCUUUUUGAUGCCCGGACAUCUUUAGUACCAGAUUCCAGGGAUCCUCAGAAGGUGAAGGAGUUUCUCCAGGAAAAAUACGAGAAGAAGAGAUGGUAUGUCCCCCCAGACCAAGUGAAGGGGCCCACUUAUACCAAAGGCAGUGCCUCCACCCCUGUUCAGGGCUCCAUCCCAGAAGGGAAGCCCCUGAGGACACUUCUGGGUGAUCCUGUGCCAUCUCUAUCAGCAGCUGCCUCCACCUCUAACCAGUCUGUCAGUCAGACUCAGGCUCGGCUAUCCCAGCCCCGGAGCUCCCAGGCACCUCCCCACUCCUCUGUCAAGAAAGCUAGUACUGACCUGCUGGCUGACAUCGGUGGAGAUCCCUUUGCUGCUCCCCAGGCGGCACCAGCUUUUGCUGCAUUCCCAGCUUUUGGGGGCCAGACACCUUCCCAUGGGGGCUUUGCCAACUUUGAUGCCUUUGGCAGUAGCUCCAGCUCUUCUACAUUUGGAAAUGUUCCUCCAGUUGGCCAAGCCCCAUUCCAGCCCCAACCAACACCCGCAGCCAGUCGGAUGCUAACUGGAAGUUACAGUUUUGGGAGCAGCCAGGUGACUCCAUUUGGUGUCUCUCCUCUUGCGCCUGCCAGCCAGCCUAACAGCCUCACAGACAUGGGCAGCAUCCUGGGCCCCGGGGUGUCAGCUGGAGGUAUCUCUCCUCACAGUGUCUUCGGGGUGGCUAGCCCAGCCCCCGCACUCCAGUCUGCCACAGCUGGCGGCAGUGGCAGCACAGGACUUACCUUCGGAGCCUUCACCAACCCUUUCACAGCACCUGCUGCUCACCCCCCACUGCUUUCCACCAACCCCUUCCAGCCCAAUGGCUUGGCUGCAGGGCCUGGCUUUGGGAUGAGCAGUGCCGGGCCUGGCUUCCCCCAGACAGUGCCUCCAAUGGGGGGCUUUGCCAGCAGCUUCUCACCACCUGUGUUCCCCCCACAAACCUCCAUGACUCAGCAGCAGAAUGGCUCUUCCUUUGGGGACUUAGGAUCAGCCAAGCCGGGGCAGAGGCCACUGGGCCAGCCAGCUGGGAUCUCCACCAACCCCUUCAUGACUGGAUCAGCAGCAACCCCAUUUGCCUCCAAACCUCCAGCCACCAACCCAUUCUUGUAGCACUGUGUUCUGGGGUGGGGGCCCUUUUCCCUGCUCACUGGGGCCCCUCUGCUCCCCAGAGCUCUGGUGACCACUUGCCUGUUGACAUUUCUAUGGGCCUGAGCCCAGAAUGGGCCUGGUUUUGCAGGGCGGGGGUGUUGGGGUUGGUGGAGGUGGUAUUGCUUUGCUUCCAGCUUACAGAUAAAGCAGCACCUUCCUGGGUCAGCUGCCCCCAAGGCCUUCUCCCUUCCUCCCUCCUCCAGCCGCCACUCAGGCAGGCCCCCCAAGGAGGAGCGAAGGCAGAGCCUGGGCUAGAGGAGUGAUGCUGUUUAUGUUUUCAAAUUAUUCAUUAUGAUGAACACAAUCCUCCUCUUCUCCUGCCCUCUGCAUACAAGCAUUGCCCUCACUCCUAACCUGGGGGCAGAGAUAGCUGUGCUUACAUUGACUGGCUCACUCUCCCGACUGCCAUUCCCUAUGGGAACAACUCUUUACCCACCCCAGCUUUCCACCGCUGUUCUCUCAUGGACAGAAACACAGUGGAAAAAGUAGGGUAAAGGCAGAGCUGAGGCGUGGCAGUGACGUGGGAUAGUGAUCAGACAGCCCUGGGGCCAGGAAGACCCAGGAACCCUGAAUGCCCUUGCUGCCCUAGCUUCAGCUAGCGCACCCUGUUUCCCCCACCUCCCGGUGGGCAAGGAGGCCCUGAGGUUUUUGCUUUCCUGGCUCCCCUCCCUCCUUCUGGGCAGUCAGGAUGAAUAAUUUUACCUACACACGUACACAUGCCCAGCUCCUGUCAAGCACUUUAGUUAGCUGUUGGUGUCAUGUUUGGAUACCAAUGUUUUAUAUUUAUAUAGAGAAUUUUCUAAUAUAGCCUAUUAUAUAUACACACACACAUACAGCCAGCCAGUCCCCCUCUCCCAGACAUGAGGAAUGGGAUGAAUCCCCAUUUGUGCCUCAAGGACCAGCAAAGCCUGCGCUCCGGGGGCGAGGGGGAGGCAGCUGUGUGUCCUGAUCACCCCAGGGCCUGGACUUUUCCAGGGAAAGGCUUUUUGCAAUUAGCUGGGGUUUAUUUUUUUUCCCCUUUCUUUUUUCCAUGUGCCUCCCUCACCCCCAAAUCUCAGCACCAAAGCUCAUUGCAGGCAAUGUUGGAAAAGAACUGCAUUCGAAAGAAAAAGGAAAUGCCUCUGUGGUCUUGCUUUGGGCCAGCUUGAGGGGUCGCAUGGCAGUUAACAGGGCUGAUCUGUGACUAGGCUCCAUUGGCCUGGACUUUGUGGGUGGGUGACAAUGCUGCCUUUGCCAAGGACAGGACACAUUUGUGCCAGCCAGAGCCAGUCCCUGUCUGGACUGCAGUCCCAUGUUAGCAGUGGAACGGAGGGAUGGGAGGGGGGCUAGAUCUGUAAGAGAUCAGAGUUAGGGAGAUGUAGUGAAUGGGGGCAGUUCCCACUGAGGGUAGGGAGUGGGCAAAGGAGGUAGGUUCUAAUGUGGAGAUCAGAGUGGGGCACUUAGCCGAAUCAGGGCAGACCACUCCUGGGUCUGGUGGUGGUCUCAGCCCCUGGCCAGUCCGCCUGAGGAUGUUGUGUCAACACCCAUGGUGUCUGGGCUGUUUGUGUGCUGACAAGAUGGCUUGGGUGUAAAUACCUCACCUGACUGAGGAGAGGCUUAGGACUCAGUCUUGCUGUUAAGCAAAGACCAGGAGAGAUUCUUCCCCUUUCCACUAUUGCCAGGAACCUGUUCAUUCUUGGAAUUUCUGGAUCUUUCUACAUAAUGACCUUUAACAGCAAGAAGAUGUGGGGAUUAGUAAUCACUUAAUUUACUUUGAGAAUUUUUUCUGGAAAUACCUCCAGCUGCUGCUAUUUGCCCAGCCAAGCUUGACUUCCCCACCUUCUUUAAGGAACAGUACCCAUCCUGUCUUGUUUCUGCGUUUCUGGUCUCCCAGCCUCCACCUGCCUUCCAGCUCCUGGUGGGAUCUCUCAGGAUGGACCACCAUGCUUUGUUCCCUGGAUUUUUCAUAUUCUGUUUCCUUUUUCCCCAUCUAUUUGUUUUGCUCUCUAUCUUUGCUCCUUAAAAGCCAAAAAAAACACACAAAAAAACCAAGCCCGUUGCCAUCGAGUCAAUUUCUACUUAUACUGACCCCACAGGACAGAACAGAACUGCCCCAUAGUGUUUCCAAGGAGUGGCUGGUGGAUUCAAACUGCUGACUUUUUGGCUAGCAGACAAGCUGUUAACCACUGCCCCACUGGGGCUCCCCUGAAAGCCAGGGUGGCUGAAAUCUGUUAUGGUAUAAUAGGAGCCUUUUCUUGUUUUUCCCUAGCUCCCUCCUUCCUAACUCCAGAAACA